UUAAUAUUGGGUUUGCGAUUUUAAGACUUUGAUCAGCAUGCGCGUUUGACGCGGCGAAAAUAUCUUCUUUUGGAAUAUAUUACGUAGCGCCUGUUGUGACACACAAGUGGCCGUAAAUUCACUCGAUUCAAUGGCAUUAGACCAGGAUUAAUCGCUCGGUCUCGUCGCAACCUGUUAAGUUAACAUUUACAUAUGCAGCUAAAAAUGUUCCCGUGAACUUAAGACGGCCAUGGAUACGGAAAGCGAGUCAGCUCCGCUAUCGCCUCCAGUGAUUAUAACUCCAGAUAUCCCGAGUUAUCCGACAAAGUUACGCGUCAAAAAAAUCCAGUCCAGAACCUCUCUAGCGACCGACAGAUUUUCUUGUAUUUCUUUUCUAACUUCAAGCCAUCGCAGCGACCAUUCCGUUUGGAUUCCAAGAUGGCGGAGCCUUCCUUGUAAUCUUGAAGAAGAAAUCUUUUACGAUGAUUGCCCAGAGUUUUUAAAAGCCUGGUCGCGUUAUCGCAUAACUAAUAUGGCUCGUCGAUACAAAACAAUGGACUAUAUUCACAUGGUCCUCGCCGAUACAGAACUAUAUUCCGAAUUGGACGGUUGCUGUGACUUGUCAACUACAGUUGGGAUAUCAGUGAGUAGGGAUUUGUUGAAUUGCUCUACAAAUUUUUCGGAAAAUGGAUCGGGCAUCGUACCACGGAGUGCGUCCGACGAAAACAUACAAUAUUGUGACCAGGAUGGAGACAAACAAUUUAAUCUCACACAGGUGAAUGUAAAUCACGCGUUAGCUUCGUCAAGGACAAGCUCUAGCGAAAAUCUAAACAUUGAACAAAAGAAUGCUCAUAAAAUUGAGAAAUGGCUGAAGAGAUGUAACAGUGGCACGGAUUGAGGGCUAAUGAUGUUAAAGAACUUGUGGUAAACCCACGAGCUACGAUAGAAGCUGUCGGUCAGGAUAAAUAAAUAACAACAGCUGUUUUUCUUAAUGGAUUCUAAAAAUUUCCUAUUUUCAUGGCUUGUGCAAUCCCAACGCGUUGUGGUAUUGCAAUGGAUUGGGCCCUAAGUGUAAGCUGAUGUAUAGCUCUGCUUAAUGAAGUGACACGUGUCAACAAUAUGAAUCGUUUGUCCCUUUCAAAACAAACUUGGCAUAUGUGUUGUUUGUGUGACAGCAAUAAGGUCAGAUAUUGCCAUCUCUGUUGUAAUCGCACUCUGAAUAUUUAAAAUACGAAAAUGCAUCUUGGAUUAAUUCGUUUAAGUAACGCCAUCAAUGAUCACUUGAUUUGAAAUCUAACAAGUUGCAGUAGAUUUGCCAUCGAUUUCGAAAACUGAUUACUUAAAGAAAAAAAUGAAAUUAAAAAAUUUUUUGGUUUGUUUAUGAUACACAAGCAGCCGCUAUAUUUACCUUAAAAUUUGCAUUUGAUUUCACGCCAGCACUGUUUUCUAACAAGGCCUCGUCCGUGUCAGUUCACUAAAAGAUUAAACUGCCAACACACUUAUAGGAUUUGGAAUGGUAAAAAUAAAACAAACAUGACGAAGAACUGAGAGUAUAACGUCAUUUUAGUGCGAGGCAUCUCCUGUUAUGCUGAAGUUACCCGACCAAUACGGAGAAUGCUCGUGUGUAAAGCGCAACGAAAAGUUAAUAUCUGUUACUUGCGGCCUUUCCUGCGAUUAAUCCGUUUUCUUUGUCAAGACAAGCAACGGUGGUAGAGACUGAAAAACAAAUAGAAACGGGAGAAACUUGAGUAUUUCUUACGGCCGGACGGUGAUUUUACUGUUCCUGUACGUCAUGAAGGCAUGUGGUAAUAAAAUCAGGACUCUUGGACUCUGGA